UGUUAGGGUUUCUCUUCCGCACCAGAAAGCUCUGCUCGAGAUCACUAGAAGCAGGCGGGGAUUACGACUACGAGUGCUGCGUUUCUCCUAACCCUAGAUAAAGCAGCUAGGGUUCGUCUUUCUUCGUAUUUUUUCACAAUCACUUCAAGAUGAGGCCUAUCCUGAUGAAAGGCCAUGAAAGGCCUCUAACUUUCCUCAAGUACAACAGAGAAGGCGAUCUGCUCUUCUCCUGCGCUAAGGAUCACAAUCCCACUGUUUGGUUCGCUGAUAAUGGCGAGCGCCUUGGAGUCUACAAGGGCCACAACGGCGCUGUUUGGAGCUGCGACGUUUCUCGUGAUUCUAUGCGCCUGAUUACAGGAAGUGCUGAUCAGACUGCGAAGCUGUGGAAUGUACAAACAGGAGCUCAGCUUUAUACUUUCAACUUCGAUUCUCCAGCUAGAUCGGUGCAAUUCUCUGUGGGGGAUAAGCUAGCUAUUGUAACAACCGAUCCCUUUAUGGGUCAUCCUCCCACUAUUCAAGUGAAACAAAUUGCCAGAGAUCCUAGUGAACAAACUGGGGAAUCUGUGCUCACAAUCAAGGGUCCAGGGAGAAUCACUGGGGCUAUUUGGGGACCUUUAAACAAGACUAUAAUAAGCGGAGGAGAAGAUGGAAUACUCCGUACGUGGGAUACUGAGACUGGGAGCCUUUUGAAGGAGUCAGAUAAGGAAACUGGUCAUCAGAAGAGAAUCACUUCAAUUUCAAAGUCUGCCGAUGGGUCUCAUUUCCUGACAAGUUCUUUGGAUAAAUCUGCUAAGCUUUGGGACACCAGAACAUUGACUCUGUUGAAGACCUAUGUGACAAGUGCUCCAGUGAAUGCUUGCGCAAUAUCUCCGCUUCUCGAAUUGACUCUGUUGAAGACCUAUGUGGUGAUUGGCGGUGGCCAGGAUGCAGUGAAUGUUACGAUGACUGAUCACCGUGCAGGAAAGUUUGAAGCAAAAUUCUUUCACAAGAUUCUUCAAGAAGAAAUUGGGGGAGUCAAAGGUCACUUUGGACCAAUCAAUGCUCUGGCUUUUAAUCCUGAUGGAAGGAGUUUUGCAAGCGGUGGGGAAGAUGGAUAUGUCAGGUUGCAUCAUUUUGACUCAGAUUACUUCAAUAUCAAGAUUUGAAGAACAUUUUCUCUCUUUUUGGGUAGUUCUUGGGGUUCGUUGACGAGGGGUGUGAAAUUACCAUGUACACAAUUGUUAUCCUGAUAUGAAUAUUAUGUCUCUGUUUUCUUUUGCCGUUUUAUUUUUUAUGUACGUUUUUCACUUCACAAGCUUGCUCUCGGUAAUUUACCAACAGUGGAGGUGGAUUUUAAUGUUAAAUCUUUGCUUUGCUGUGA